UGGGGUAGUGGGGGUGAUGGAGGGUUAGUAGUAAUAAAGAGCUCAGUGACGCAACAAUGCAUAGCUUCGAUGGUGGGUAGCGAUGAUUACGUUACAAGCGGAAGAAGAAUCGGUGGAAGAUGGAAGUGGGGGGAUGGGAGUUAUGUGAAUAAUGGGUACCGGAAGUGGACCGGACAAACAACUUCCGGUGAUUGUCUCCAAGCUUCCGGUGGGUUAGGUGGGGGGUGGGAAAGUACCGAGUGUGAGAACAGGAACAAGUAUAUUUGCCAAAGAGCGAUCCCGGGCAGACUGACAUGGGGUUACGACAACAACAGACACACAGACCCCCCUUCAUUAUGGUGGAAACAAUACCCAUUAUGUCGUGGCAACCAACAAUCACCCAUAGAUAUCCCACCCAUCAUGCACGCCCCUUGUGGCGGGGCUAGUGGGGUGGCGGAGUUUCAACAAACCAAAGAUGCAAGUUGGAUAAUUCAUAACACUGGAAGAUUGGUCAUUAUCUUCCCUGCUCACGGCACUACUAUGUGGACGACAUUCAAAGAUGGUCGCCCUAAUUUAACCGUCCGCUACAUGGCGCUAAAGUGGGGCAGCAAUGCGAUGAUGGGAUCCGAACAUUCGUUUGGGGGUGAUCGUUUCGCUGGAGAGUUUCAAAUAUUUCACCACGAGGUGGCGGGAGAGAUACAAGCAUUGUCGUUCAUGAUAAGGGAGAGAUUACAUCCAGAUAAUGGUCGAUGGAAUUCAAUAUUCGCGAAAAUUCCAGCCGUGUCGAAACUAUGGAAAAGUUCGUUGUUUAAAGCGCCCACUAACGGAAUAACACACCUCAUCGGCGACACCGUGCGGUCAGGAUACACACCGAACUUCAUCCUCGGCCUCGGUGUAAAAUACCGAGGUUCCUUAACCUCGCCCCCUUGUUCACAAAACGUCGUGUGGACGAUUUACCCGAGGACGUUUCAACUUUCGUCACGUCAGAUGCAACAACUACGAGGGAUACGAAUGGAGGGCGGUCUAGCAAUGUCAGGGAGCAUGAGGCCAACGCAACAAUAUAACCCCCAGCUUUGUUUGUUACGUUCAUAAUUAAACAAUGGAUGACGGAGGUGGGGAAACACCGAGUUACCUGUCAAUCAAGUUAAUUAGAUUUCGAAUAUUCAAGACAUAUAUGCAUUGUGACGUAUUAAUGUCCUUUUUACUUAACGGUUGUGACGUCACGAACCGCGUAAUGGAUCCAUCAACCACGAAGAUAAUGGACCAUUGUUACGUAGCGUUUGUUAAGUGGUUCACAGUAUAAUGCAUGUAUCUGUGUGCAGUAGUAGAUACUUUGUACAAUCAUCCAUGUUACAGCAUAAAUACUUGUAUAGU